AAAAAGGACAAUCUCACGGAUCGCCAAUAAAAUUUAAAAAGCCAUUUUCACGGAUCUCCCUCGGUCAACAUAAUAUGCCCCAUGUGGAUCUUUUGGACGUGCAUGCCACUUCGAUUUAAAGUUCAGACAAAAAGAUGAUUUUUUGUUAUUCCUAUAAGAAUAAACUUAGAUAUAUUCUACAGAAAAAAAAAGGACCUAUAAUUUAACUUCUAUUAAACAAAAAUACGCGCAAUCAAAAAUGAUAUAUCACAGAUGGGUUUCCGGAUGGUUUCAAGCAUCUUGUUCGUUUAAUGUAUUUUGCCUCUACCAACCAAAAUUCAACAAAGUGGCCACAAACUGCCGCCGGAGCACGAAGGCGGUCCCUGCCGUCGGCGGAGCCCUGAACAAGACGAUUCUGAAUUCUCCCUGGUCGCCAACUAGUAGGGACAGUAGUUCCUUAUCUCGGGGAGGGCUCGUGUGGUGAAAGAAAUGCAUGAAAGAUGGAGAUUGAUCAAUAAUUGGAGUUGAAUGCCAAGUUUUUCCCCCCUCCUACUCGCCGGCGACAACUCUGUCACUUCCUUGCUAUAACGGUACACAUUACCAACUUUCUAUUGAUAUAAAAAAACAUUACUCAGUUAGUUCGUCCACCGUUCCAUCUCGUUCACAAGGCUUGGCGAGAAAGAGAAACAGAGAGGUCAGAUUAUACAAUGGCAGAGGCAGAGCAUACCUCGGUAGAGAACAAAUUCGGUUGCGGGUUACUAACCGCGGUGUUCGGAAAGAAGGGAGGAGGAAUGCGGUCGAGAAGAGGAACAUCCAUGGCCUCGACCCCACCUGUAGCGACGACAGUAGAGCCUAAUAAUCCCCGCAACCUGGUCAUGUCGCCGAGCUUCGCGAAGCGAAGAAAGAAUCCGGAUGAAGCAAAGGUAAUUAAUGGAUCAGCUCAGGGCCCGUCUCGCCAUCAUCAGAAAACAAUCCUUGUACAUCAUCAACCCACCAAGGUUUCUCCCUCGAAUUCGCAUCAGCAACCGUCUUCAGCAGCAGCCGGGGCGAUAACCACUGCAACAAGAACAAACAACAACAUCAAUGGGACUUGUGCAAGCAAUGUGAAAGUGUCUAAAGGAGCCAUCAGUAUCGCCGACGAGCUGGAGAGCAUGAUCGAUGACUACCAGAGGAACAACAACGGGAACAGUCAUUUGGUUCGUGGUUCCUCGAGCAAUGUGAUGCUUUAUGGAAAUCUAGGAAACUUGAGGCAGCCGCAGCAAGGGAAUUAUGGAGGGAAGGCGAACCAUCAAAGGGAAGACAGCAACAACAACAACAACAAAGGGAAGAAUGGGAAGUAUCUAAACAGCGUGAUGGGGAACGUGGUGGUGAAGAAACAGAGCGAUUGCCAAAGUCAGGCAACCACUCCUAUAUGCAGGGCUCUGUCAACAAGAAUGGACCCUGAGCAGCUGAAGAUCAUGGGCAACGAGGAUUACAAGAAUGGAGAUUUCGCGGAGGCUUUGGCUCUUUACGAAGCCGCGAUUGCCAUCGAUCCGAACAAGGCCGCGUACAGGAGCAACAAGAGCGCGGCGUUAACUGCUCUGGGUAGGCUGCUAGAAGCAGUUAGCGAGUGCAAGGAAGCCAUCCGGAUCGAACCCAAUUACCAUCGGGCGCAUCAUCGCUUGGGUAACUUGUACCUCAGAUUAGGAGACAUGGAGAAGUCAAUCUACCAUUACAAACACGCAGGGCCGGAGGCGGAUCACAUUGACGUUUCCAAAGCGAAAUCCCUCCAAGUGUACCUCAACAAAUGCAUAGAGGCAAGGAGGCUGCGGGACUGGAACACGCUCAUCAAAGAAUCUGAGGCUGCCAUAUCCGGAGGAGCAGACUCUGCUCCCCUAAUUUAUGCACUACAAGCUGAGGCGCUGAUGAAACACAACAAGCACCGGGAGGCCGACGAGGUGAUGAAAAAGAGCCUAAAUUUCGACACUGAUGCGUGCACCAAGUUAUUCGGCCCGAUUUCUACUGCCAGUAUAUUGACCGUAAGAGCUCAUGUGGAUAUGGCAAUGGGCAGGUUCGACGACGCCUUAUCGAAAGCGCAAGGUGCGAUGAGGCUGGACUCCAACAACAAGGACGCGAGCAUGGCGAUGAGGAAAGCGAGAGCCGUGGCGGCGGCUCGAGCGAAAGGAAACCAACAUUUCAAGGUAGGGAAAUUUCGAGACGCAUUGAUGGCUUACGAGGAAGGAUUGGAGCACGAUCCUCACAACUCGGUGUUGCUCUGCAAUCGAGCCGCCUGCCGCGCCAAGCUCGGCCAGUUGGAGAAAGCCAUCCAUGACUGCUCCUCUGCUCUCAAUGUCCGUCCAGACUACGCCAAAGCCAGGCUAAGGAGAGCUGAUUGUUAUGCCAAGUUGGGAAAAUGGGAAGCUUCAGUAGAAGACUACGAGAUGUUGUUGAAAAUUUCGCCACAAGACGAAGAGGUGAGGCAAGGCUUAAUGGAAGCCAAGGAAAAACUGAAGAAGCAAAGAGAUGAGAAAUGUUAGAACUAGAAUAAAGAACACCUAAUGGG